AUGAAUUGGGUCUUGUGGGAUGUUGUAACCGAGCCGAAAACUGAAGGUGGGUUGAGUUUGACUAGACUUGAGUUGAAUAACAAGGCCUUGUUAGUGAAAUGGUUAUGGCGGUAUCACUCUGAACAACAAGCUUUAUGGAGGCGGGUCAUCGAUGUACCGCUGAAGGACAGAUUCUUAAAUCUGUUCACGUUGGAAAGACAGAAACAUGUUGUUGUUGCUGCGCACUACUGUAAAUUGGAGACUUCGUUUAUGAUCAAAUGGGAUUGGAGGAGGGCACCAGAUUCAACUGCUGUAGUAAAUGAGAGAGCGGAGCUGGAAGACUUGUUGCCCGAUCUUGUGUUGAAUGAUAAAGAAGAUGAGUGGGAAUGGAAUGAUAAUAGGAAUAAAGAGUUCACUGUUGCGGAGACUAAGAGAUGGUUGCGUGGUUCGGUUAAUAACGAUCAAUUUGGAUUUCAAUGGAGUAAGUGGGUGCCAAGCAAAUGUAAUGUUUUUAUGUGGCGAGCCUUUUUGGAUCGAUUACCGACUAAGGUGGCAUUGACGAGACGAAAUAUUCAUGUGGAAAACAUCAUGUGCGCUUGGUGUGAUAGCAAGGAAGAAAGUGUUGGGCAUCUUUUAACAAGAUGCACUAUAUCAGCGAGGGUUUGGGAUGGUAUCUCGAAGUGGUGUUGUAUACCAGAGGUUUAUGCGUUUGGUGUUAAGGAUUUGGUCGAUCUUCAUGAGCAUUGUGGCGGAUCAGCUAAUAAGAAAACGAUGCUGCCCGGUAUAACUAUCAUUGUCUGUUGGUGUUUAUGGAGGGCUAGGAACGAGAAGGUUCUUUCAAAUAAAGAUACAAAGGUGGUCGACAUUGUCGCGGAAGUUAAGUCUUUGAGUUUUUUGUGGUACAAACAUAAGUUUAAAUAA